AGCGAGGAAGAGGAUGACAAUGAAAUGGAAGUUGAAGAUCAAGAUAGUAAAGAAGCUGAAAAGCCAAACAUCAUUAAUUUUGACACCAGUUUGCCAACAUCACAUGUGUAUUUAGGUUCUGAUAUGGAAGAGUUUCAUGGAAGAACGGUACAUGAUGAUGACAGCUGUCAGGUGAUUCCAGUGUUGCCCCACGUGAUGGUGAUGUUGAUUCCUGGACAGACGUUACCUCUUCAGCUUUUUCGCCCUCAAGAGGUUAGCAUGGUGCGGAAUUUAAUUCAGAAAGACAGAACGUUUGCUGUUCUUGCAUACAGUAACGUACGUGAAAGGGAAGCACAUUUUGGAACAACAGCAGAAAUAUAUGCCUACAGAGAAGAGCAGGAGUAUGGAAUUGAAACGGUCAAAGUGAAAGCAAUAGGAAGACAGAGGUUCAAGGUGCUUGAAAUAAGAACUCAGUCAGAUGGAAUCCAGCAGGCUAAAGUACAAAUCCUUCCUGAGCGAGUGCUGCCUUCAACAAUGUCAGCAGUACAGCUGCAGUCUCUCAGCCGAUGCCAUAUAUUUCCUUCUUCAAAACCUACAGCGUGGCAGGACCGAGCUAUACAUCAAUGGUGGCAGAAAUAUCAAAAGAGGAAGUUCCACUGUGCAAGUUUGACAUCUUGGCCUCCCUGGCUCUACUCUUUAUACGAUGCUGAAACCUUGAUGGAAAGAGUCAAGAGGCAGCUACAUGAAUGGGAUGAAAAUCUUAAAGAUGAAUCUCUUCCAACAAACCCAAUAGAUUUUUCUUACAGAGUUGCUGCUUGCCUGCCAAUUGAUGAUGCAUUGCGUAUACAGUUGCUUAAAAUAGGUAGUGCUGUUCAGCGACUCCGGUGUGAAUUAGAUAUUAUGAACAAAUGUACAUCUCUUUGUUGUAAGCAAUGCCAAGAUACAGAAAUAACUACCAAGAAUGAAAUAUUCAGUUUAUCCUUAUGUGGACCCAUGGCAGCAUAUGUGAAUCCUCACGGGUACAUCCAUGAAACCCUUACUGUAUAUAAAGCCUGCAACUUGAAUCUCAGUGGACGACCAUCGACAGAGCACAGCUGGUUUCCUGGGUAUGCCUGGACUAUAGCCCAGUGCAGAAUCUGUGGGAACCAUAUGGGAUGGAAGUUCACAGCUACCAAAAAGGAUAUGUCACCUCAGAAAUUCUGGGGACUGACACGGUCUGCUCUCCUGCCUCGGAUUCCAGAAACAGAGGAAGACUCGGGCCACGAUAGAUCACCGUUACUCUGCCUGUAAUCUAGUAACCUGCUUUGGAGGUGAACUGGCAGUAGUCUGUCUCUUAAACGCAUCUGCUCAGUUCUGCUUCUGAUGCUUACUUAAACUUAAAAAAACCCAAGAACCCACACCCGCACACAAAAACCAACCGAACAAGCAGGCUCACUACAUUGGGGUUUGGCGUGUAUCCACAUUACCGUUGUUUCAGACACACUGAGAGCUGCAGGUUGAAUCUUUCAGAUGACAGCUGGGGAGAGGAGGCGGCAUGAGACGCCAAGAAAUCGAUCUGAGCGCUCUGGGCAGACUUGAGACUGAACUUUCUCCUUCCUUGUAUAAUUUCAGAAAAUGUUUACUGCUAUCAACUGGCAGUGAAAGAAGGUGGGGGGAAACUAAAAUGACAAAUAAACAGAGUAUAAUUUAUGCAAUAUAUGUACGAUGGUAGAUACCAGUUACUUGCUGCGGAAUAUUUUCCAUAAUAUACUUCAAAGUGUUUUUGCUGAGAAUCCCUGUUUCUAACUACGUGGAAUACUUCGCAUUUUAUGCUCGCGCUGUUUCUCAGAUAUUUGCUGAAUAACCAUCACGGAGAGUUACAAGGCCGAAGUUCUCUUCUGCCUGGGCCUGUGUUGGUCGUGUCGGUGGCAGUGCUGUAAGGGGCAGAAGGCAGAGCUGCCUGCUACAGGCAGCCCCCCCAGCUGCGUUACAGGCUGCCCUCUGGAAGGAACCCGGGUGAAGGCUCCGGUCCUUAGACGUUGUCUGACACGUUUAGAACCUUUGACUUUAGAAGUCUUAAAUUUUAAACUAUUUAUGCAAAAUAUACAUCAAAUAGAUUGUCGCUUACUGUCAAAUGUGCUUAUAUUUACUUUUCAAAAUUAUUUCUGUGAAGAUUAGUUUACCAGCCUACAUGCCCAGGGUUCUGUGAAGUACUGGCUAAAACACCUAACUAUGGAGAUUUUUCAGUAGUACGUAUUUGGACAAGGGAGAGGCAACAUCUCUAAUUUUUUUUUCUUUUACACUUUCAUAUCAUAAAGUAAAAUUUCACAUUAUCUCCCUUACCUUACAAACAGCAACAGUUUCUAAAUAAAACAGAAAUAAAAGGCAGUGCUUUUUUUUGGUUUGGUUUGGGGUUUUUGGGGUUUUUUUUGUCUGAAGUGCUGUCUAUGCUACAGAAAUCGGGUGCCAAAAUAGGGCAGCUUUUGCUGCUGAUUAAUAAAUAAAUUUAUUAAAAAAUAAAAAGCUUUUUUUUUCCCCUUGGAAUGCACUUUGGUGAUGGAAACUGAAGAUUUCUUCAGUAUGUGUACACACACUUUUUUUUUCUUUUGAAGCUUUAUCAUUCACUCUUUAUUUCUUCACAGUAAAUCUUUGAGAACUUGCAUUGUUAAAUAUAACGACACAAAACUACUGAAGGUUUAAGACAUCAGCCAUUACUUGCUCGUUCUCACUCGCGCCCCUACGUCAAACACACGUAGCAUGGACAGAUGACUUCAGUGCAAGGCGACGUCAGACCUCUCUACAAGACAAGUAGCUGAUUUAAUGGUAGUGUGGGACCUCUUGCAGCGCAGCUGAGGAGACACCCAGAUGUGACAAGAUGCUCGAUGCUGAAAGGCUGCUGGGGUAGUUUGUUACGCUGGGUGUGUAGAAAGUAAUGAUUGUGUAACUCAGGUUUAGUUCUUCGAAGCCUUCUACCUCUGUGCUUCUGCGUAACUUUUGUUCUCUCCGUAGACAUCUGUAAUACCGUAUUUAAUUUUGUGUGCAGUGCUCUGACUCGCCAGUGAACUGUGAAAAGCAAUACUUCUUUGAAUAUAAUUCUGAACAAAUAGAGGGUGAAUGAUGGCUCAUUUUCUUCAAGAAGACAUUCUGUAUUUUGAUUACGUUUCUAUAAUAAGCUUUCAAAAGGCUGAAAUGAUAAGCACUAGUGUGAGAGUGAGACUGUGAAACCUCUGUACUUGGAUAACCACUGAAACCAUACUUAGCUUUCCCCUCACGCCAUGCACAUGCACACACACACGUACACACGACACGCACAUACGUGCACAGAGACGCACACACGGCUUAGCUGUAGGCCUGCUUUAUUUUUUCCCUCAACGAUACCUACUAUGUGUUGUUCCCAUUACGCUCAGUAGGGCUUGGUGGUGGCAAGAAGUUUGAGGGUGCUUUGAAGUACCUUCUGCUGCCAUUCGAUUUAAGCAUUCACUGAGGGUAUGGUGAGUGAGGUUUUCAAAAUUAUUUUCUCAGCUAUCGCUGAACUUCAUAAGGUCUUUGGGUUUUUUUGGCCGAGUCUUUUGGAUUGCCUCAACUAAAAAUGGCAUUAUGUUGGCAACGUUUGAAUACAAAAUAGGCAUAUUUUUGGUAUUGUGUGUAUAUAGUCAAAUGUAAACUAAUAUAAUCAAGUGAGAUAAGUCAGGAGUAAAUUUAGCACUAAUUUAAUUUUAUUGUUGAUGAUGUUCCAUCUGCCUGACCUGCUGUGUAAUGUUUGCCGUUGCAAAAAGUCCAUGACACUUUCCAGGUUGAAAACAAGUGCGAUUCAGGUUGCCACGAAGAAGAUGAAUCCUGCCGUGGUGAAGCUGGCCGUUACAGUGCUGCACCUGCAAGAAUGCUCAGAACGUACAGCAUGUGACGUGCAGGGUGGAUGUGGACUCGUGGAUGGUUCUAUACAUUGGUUAAUAUUUUCUAUGCUGCUUUUCUCCUUUUUGGAGAGAAAAACUACUGGAUUGGGAUUGUGGAAAGUUAUUACUGACAAUGUUUUUGAGAGCUAAGUACAAAGGAAAUCACAUUUUAUGGUAAUUUCCUACAUUUACUACAUUGACUGGUUGGCACGUAGCUUCAUGCGUUAAUUAAUCCAAUAUUGACUUGCUGGCUGCUGCCAAAAGGGAUCAUUUUUCUCUUCUCUCCCACCGUAAUCUCUGUCCUUCUUAGUGAGCUCUAGGAAUUAGGCAGUCGCAGCGUCGGUGUCGGGUCUGACGGAGGCAGGAGGGACGAACAGGCGUCUUGUAGGGACAGAAGAGGGACUGCCCUGCGCAGCAGCAGGUCUCGGCUGGAUUGGCGUAUGUGUAGCAUAGAACCGCUCAUUUUCAAGCUGUCGUUGCAAUAGCAUAAAGACGUCAUACAAUCGGAGCCUGUAAUAUUGCAAGUUUUCGUAUAUUUUAGUUUAGUUUUGAUGAAUAGGUAGAAUCACAUAGGACACUUGCACACGGUCUAAAACAUGUUCAAAUACUCUACCGUUUGUUUUUUAAUAAUGCUGUUUUUGUAUGUGCUGCAAUUCAUUUUGGUCCUCUCAUUGUUUUUUCACCUUUGUUUAAUUGCUUUGUAAAAGCUGUGGAAAGGGUAGCACGUUCUCCGCUUUAACUCUUCCUCUGUCUGCCUUUUGAGACAACUUUUCAGAAAAAUCUUGUUGCUUGCAAACAUUUGCAAAGAAUAAAAUUCAACUUGUUUCAAAACUGAUCUUUUUUUGCUGAUUGUUGGGAUGGGAAGAAAGAAAAUGUUUGGGUUUACAUUGUGUUUUAAACCGGUUAGCUUCAAAAAGUAACAUGUUCAGUAAAG